AUGCAGCGGUGUUAUGGCAAAGUCCCGGCUCGGCUCUGGGUCUCGCCGAUUGGCAUUUUGUAUGUUUUGGCGUUGUGUGUCGCACCUGUAGCGCUACACCCGCAGUGUUUGGACUUCAAGCCGCCCUUCCGACCGCAGAGGGAGAUAGAGUUCUGCGUAAUGUACAAGGAGUUUGGCUGCUGUGAUUAUCAGAAAGACCAGGACCUGAUGACAAAGUACUACCAGAUUAUGGAUAACUUUGAUUAUUAUGGAUAUGCCAACUGUGCUGGCUUCGUCCUGGAGCUGCUCUGCCAGGAAUGCUCUCCAUAUGCAGCUCACCUCUUUGAUGCCGAGGACCCUAGCACCCCAGUCAGGACCAUCCCCGGCCUCUGUCCUGACUACUGCUCCCAGUUUUGGAAAAAGUGCAGCUCCACCAUCCCUUUCCUGUCCGACAACCCACACAUAGUCAAAGUCAAAGAAGACCAGACACGUCUCUGCCGCUACCUGGAACUAGACGACGUUGACUACUGCUACCCACACCUUCUUAGCAACCAGAAGCUCACAAGCAAUCUGGGCAAGGUUCAGUCGGACUCGGACGGCUGUCUGCAGCUGUGCCUGGAAGAAGUUGCGAAUGGGCUGCGGAACCCGCUAGCCAUGGUGCACGCCAAUGAUGGGACACAUCGGUUCUUUGUGGCAGAACAGGUGGGCUUGGUUUGGACGUAUCUUCCUGACCGGUCCAAACUGGAGAGACCCUUUCUGAACAUUACCAAGGCGGUGUUAACGUCAUCAUGGGAAGGUGAUGAGAGAGGCUUUUUGGGACUCACCUUUCACCCUAAGUACAAGUACAAUGGGAAACUGUAUGUAUAUUACUCAGUGGAGGUGGGUUUUGAUGAGAGGAUCAGGAUCAGUGAGUUCCAUGUGUCAGCCAAUGACAUGAAUGUGGUGGAUCAUGCCUCUGAGCGGGUUAUUCUGGAGAUCGAUGAACCAGCAUCCAACCACAAUGGAGGGCAACUUCUUUUUGCAGAUGAUGGCUACUUGUAUGUUUUCACAGGGGAUGGUGGAAUGGCAGGAGACCCAUUCGGGAAAUAUGGGAAUGCCCAGAACAAGUCAGCUCUGUUGGGUAAAGUUCUCCGCAUUGAUGUGAAUGACAAUGAGAGAGGCCCAUUGUACAGAAUUCCUCCAGAUAACCCCUUCAAACACGAACGGGGGGCACGACCGGAGGUAUAUGCUUACGGUGUCCGCAAUAUGUGGAGGUGUUCUGUGGACCGGGGCGACCCUUGGACCAAAGAGGGUAAAGGACGUAUCUUCUGCGGGGAUGUGGGCCAGAACAAGUUUGAAGAGAUCGACAUCAUUGAGAAAGGUCGAAACUACGGCUGGAGAGCCAAAGAGGGCUUCUCCUGCUACGAUAAGAAGCUGUGUGCCAACAGCUCGCUAGAUGAUGUCCUCCCUAUUUAUGCGUACCCUCACAAGAUGGGCAAGUCAGUGACUGGUGGCUAUGUUUACCGAGGCUGUGAAUACCCCAAUAUGAAUGGCAUGUACAUAUUUGGAGACUUCAUGAGUGGGCGUUUGAUGAGUCUGCGGGAGGACAGAAACACAGGGAACUGGAACUACAAUGAAAUCUGUAUGGGGAUGGGCCUGACCUGUGCCUUCCCUGGACUCAUCAACAACUACCACCAGUACAUCAUCUCCUUUGCAGAGGAUGAAGCUGGCGAGCUGUACUUCAUGUCGACUGGAAUACCGAGCGCUACGUCACCUUCAGGAGUCAUUUAUAAAGUGGUGGACCCAUCAAGACGUGCUCCACCGAGACAAUGUCACUAUGACCCUCUUCCUGUCAGAGUGAAAAGUAACCUCAUCAAGUUUGUUCCCCAGGAAACAUUAAUCGGUGUUGAGCCAGCAAACAAAAUCCAGCCUGAGCCACAACCCACAGAGUCCUACGACUGGCUCCAGGAACUCAUUGACCGUCUAGGAGGACCAGACCCGACCACUGUUUUGCCAACCACAACCACCACCAAAUCACCCAGACAUUCAAGGCGGAAAGGCAGACGCAGGAAGGGCAAAUCCAGAACGGAGAAUACGCCCAAGCUCCAGAACGGAGUGGUGAGGCUGGUUGGGGAUGAACAAGGCCGCAGCGACCGCGGACGGGUGGAGAUUUACGUUAACGGGGAGUGGGGCACCGUGUGUGACGACCUUUGGACCACCAAGAAUGCUGCAGUGGUUUGCCAGCAGCUGGGCUUCAGCUAUGCUAUUAAGGCAGCCAGGAACUCAGAGUUCGGGGAGGGGAAGGAUCUGCAGAUUCUUCUGGAUGAUGUUCAGUGUGAAGGGACCGAGUCCAGCCUGCUGGACUGCACACACGCCGGCGUGGGGACACAUAACUGUGCCCAUUAUGAAGACGCCGGGGUGAUCUGUGGCAACUCGGACUCCGUUGUAGAAGUCUAAAUGUUUGACUAUUAUGAAAUCAAAGCUAAUUAUCAUUAACUAGACCUGUCCCACCCUAAAUUUAACAGCCAAUCUACUCAUGAAGGAGCACACCAAACAUAGAGCACAUGACUUUAUGUCUUGAUCUUUCCAGCAGAUACAAUGGAUGGCAGAAAUAUGCUCUAAAAUUGUUGUAUUUUGUUGUCAGUCCAUCACAAUAAAAAAGGUAAUCUUAUAGGACAGUGGUUCCCAAAGUGGGGUCCGGGGAUCUCCAGGGGUCCUUGAGGGAGUUCCAGGGGGUCCCGAGCAAAAGGGGGAAUAAUUUAUUUUCACUAUAAUUGCAUCCAUAAGCGUGCAUUCACACUAACUGCAUCGUUCCUCAGAUGGUGCAGUGAAACGCAGAUCUGUCCAUUAAUUUUGAAUGGCGGUAGUGCGUUUAUGCUGCAGCGGUGGGUUCUGCGGGGGGGUAGCAAAAAAAAAAAAAAAACACACCGGCCUGCAGUGAAAAGUUGAAUCAGAUUCACCUCUUGGAGAAACGCAACCUAAUAUCACGCUGUAGUGGCCAGUCAUGUAACGGAAACGGCGAUCAGACUUGUCAAUCGGUUUGAUGCGGUGUGAGAAUCCGGUAAAGAAAACAGGAAACAUCACUGCCUCUAUAGCUGCCACUAGAAAGUUUUAAAACACAAUGGCUGCGUCUGAAAUUCCAUACUAGCAUGCUAUUUAGUAGGCUAAAACAGUAUGUGAGAUUUUUUAGUACGUCCGAAACCUUAGUAUGAAACCAAUAGUACGUGAAUUGCAUAAUACCUCCGGUAAAAUAUUACAGUAUGCAAAACUGGACACUAUGCCGGCCUAAAUAUCCCACAAUGCAAUGCGGUAGUAAUGACAAUGUUCAUAACAGGCAAACGGACAGAAACCAAGAAGCUCUGUCACGUCAAUAUCGCUCUAAUUUACAUUUCUACGUAUUUAAACGAUGUUGGUGUUGGUGUAGUUAUUCCCCUCUUUCAGUAAUGUAAGCAUUAACUGGCGAUGCCGCUAGAGCGGAGGUCGUCAGGGGUUACCAUGGUUACACGUCUUCAAUAGCAAGGAGGCUCUCAGGAAGUGACGUUGAACAUUACAGCUUAGUGCGUCUGAAAAGAUACACACUACUGUUUAUUUACACAAAAUUAUGUUGAACCACAGUACUACACAUAUUGAGUAUGUAGUGCAGAGGAUGAGGUUUCGGACACAACCAAGCACUGAACUGGAGUUUGUGUGCCAGCCAACUGUUUCCUGCAACAACAAAGCACAGUCGCUCCGUCUCUUUUCUUUCACUCUUUCUCCGUGAAAUGAAGCUGCCUUUAAGUGCGCUCGGGAACGUCAAGAUCUAUAAAAGAUCUGACGGAAAACAGUAAUUGGGAAAUAUAAAGCCUACUUGGUGGAUAAAUAACAACAGGACGUCACACAAAUGGACCAUUUAAGUGACACCCCCACCGCCACACAACCCCGUGGCGAAUCAUCGGAUCGCUUUUUCUGGUCUGAACGUGCCCCAAGUAACACAAUGACAGAAUGUAUGAGUAUUUUGGGCAUGGGUUUCAUACACUUUCUAUAAAAAAAAAAGCUCUAAAGCAAAAAAUCCUUCCAUGUUUUACUUGCCAGUAGUUAGUUGCACUUAGCUUUUUCUCACAGGUAAAUGUCUAUGUAAGAGUUUAUUUCACAGACUUUGAAUGUUUAAUUUGAAUUUAUGUUUUUGCACUAUUGCAUUAAGUCUUUGCCUACUCAGUGAUUUCUUUUAGUAACAAAUUUGACAUCUAGUGUCCGAAUGUAAUGUCUCAUAGUAAAUGUUCGAUGCCCACUGAGUGAAUGAAUGGGUGUAUUAUGAUCCUGUAAUUAUAAUAACAAAAUGUUGUGAAGAUUUUAAUAAAAGAUUUCUAGUCUGUA